AUGUCAAUUAUCUGUGGCGUUCCCAUCCUCGAGUGUGUAUACUGUCUGGCUUGUGCUCGGUGGGCAUGGAAAAGGUGUCUCCACAGUGCAGGCCACGAUAGUGAGACAUGGGGCUUCGCUACACCUGAAGAAUUUGAACCUGUUCCCAGGCUAUGCCGUUACAUACUGGCUGUCUACGAGGAUGAUCUCAGACACCCUCUUUGGGAGCCUCCUGAUGGUUAUGGAAUUAAUGCCGAUUGGAUAAUUAUAAAAAGAAGUUACAAGGAUACAAACGGAAGAGCCCCCCCUUAUUUAUUGUACGUUGAUCAUGACAAUGCCGACAUUGUUCUUGCUAUUAGAGGCCUUAAUCUGGCAAAGGAGAGUGAUUACGCAGUUUUACUUGAUAAUAAGCUGGGGAAAAGGAAAUUCGAUGGGGGUUAUGUUCACAAUGGGCUGUUAAAUGCAGCAGGCUGUGUUUUGAAUGCAGAAUGUGAUGAUUUGAAGGAAUUGGUGGAGAAAUAUCCAAAUUAUACAAGGAUCAUGUGGUAUGCUAUUGCACCUGCCAGAUGCAUGUCACUCAAUUUGGCUGUAAGAUAUGCUGAUGUCAUCAGCUCUAUUGUUCUUCAGGACGAUUUCUUGCCUCGUACAGCGACCCCUUUGGAAGACAUCUUCAAGUCGCUUUUCUGUUUGCCUUGCUUAUUAUGUUUAAGAUGCAUGAGAGAUACAUGCAUACGAGAGGAGAAAAUGCUAAAAGAUCCAAGGAGGCUGUAUGCUCCAGGUCGCCUCUAUCACAUUGUUGAGCGUAAACCUUUCAGAUGUGGAAGAUUUCCACCAGUUGUGAGGACGGCAGUGCCUGUCGAUGGCAGAUUUGAACAUAUAGUAUUGUCUUGCAAUGCCACUUCUGACCAUGCCAUCAUUUGUAUAGAGAGAGAAGCACGAAGGGCUCUCGAAUUGAUGCUCGAGAAAGAUCAUAGCAUGGAGAUUCCACCAAAACAGAGGAUGGAGCGGCAGGAAACUUUAGCCAGGGAGCAUGGCGAGGAGUACAAUGCAGCUUUGCAAAGGGCAGUUACACUGGCAGUUCCUCACGCCUUUUCGCCUUCUCAAUAUGGAACCUUUGCUGAAAAUGAAGAUCCUGAAAAUGCAACAGGUUCUUCUACAGGGUCAUCGAUGAAAAGCAAGACUCGGGAUAACUGGGAUGAACUGAUUGAGCGUCUUUUUGAUAAGGACGAGUUUGGUCACAUUACGCUGAAAAAGCCCCUCGCAGCUGAAUGA